AUGGCAACCCCACAUAGCUCGCGUGUCACCCAGACGGCACAAAACGAUUUGGAUAAGGUCACUGUGGAGGAUAUUACUCAUGAAGAGGGUAACGAGAAUCUGGUAGAAAACCUGGAAGAAACGGAGCAUGUCACUCCUGGCUUCGUGGCCAUGCACAGGGAGAAGAUAACCAAGUAUCUUGAAGAUUUGAAGAGACAGGAAAAGUUAGACAGUCUCAGGGCCAGACUCUCUUUUGACACACCCUCUAAUCAGGAAGGAGCGAACCCCCAGAAUAAGGGCAACAGCGGGGACCAGCUGGAAACAUUCAUGACUGCCCUGAGGCAGAUGUCUUUUGAGGAGAGGGAAGACUUGAUCACAUGUCAGAAACACAAGGAAAAGGAGAAAGACGACUUGGGUAGCGGUGGUUUGGACCAACCAUACCUGCCACGAGACUUGGCCGAGGUCUCAAAGUUCACAAGAAGAAUAUCAGAGGCACCCAUGCCCCCCAAGACAAAGCUGCCCCCAGGCUUCGAUCACUACGAUGGAACGAGAGAUCCAGAAGAUCAUCUGCAUGCCUUCCGAGGAGCGGGGCAAUUAGGAAGGUGGCCCAUGCCAGUAUGGUGCAACAUGUUUGUGAAAACCUUAACGGAAGGAGCCCGGCUGUGGUUUGAUAGUCUCCCUCCCGGGAGCAUAGACAGCUACGAAGAAUUAAGCGAAAAAUUCCUCAGGAAUUUUGGCCAGCAAAGGAAGGUGGUCAAAAAUCCCAACGAAAUCCUUCACAUCAGGCAAAGGGAUAAUGAACGGAUAGACCAGUACAUGGAAAGGUUUGUCAAAGAAAGUAUGAACAUCAAGGAUGUCCCGGAGGUCAUGAAAAUCAGUAGUUUCAUAAAUGGGCUGAAGCAUGCACAACUGUGUGAAAAGCUGGGAGAGGAAUUCCCACCUUCCUUUGACAAUCUUAUGGACAGGGUCAGGGCUUUCGUCCGGGGAAAGGAUACGGUCAGCAAAGCUAAGGAGACGGACGCCACACCCCGAAGGGUUUCCCCAGCAGCAAGAACCCCUGAGAAAGGUACACCCUAUUCCCGGAAACCCACCUUUGAUAGAAUAUUGCAUGACAGGGCAAGGCCCUCAUACUCCUCCUAUAGACCCCGAGGGAGAGGCCCUCCCCCUUACUCCGACAGCUUCACCCCUCUCGUCAAGACUCCAAGUGAGAUACUGGCCACGGAGAGGGUGAAGAAUUCUUUCCAAAGGCCACCCCCCAUAAAGCCAGGACCCAAAGCACAACCAAACGAAUACUGUGAGUUUCAUAAGGGCUUCGGGCACAAAACCAAUGACUGCAUGUACCUCAAGAGGGAAAUAGAGGCUGCGGUGAAAACGGGGAGACUGGCCCAUCUGGUCAAGGAAAUCAAGGAAGGGGGAGGGGAUCGUAAGGGAAGAGAUGCAAGGGAGCCUGGGAGGGCAGAUGUUGAUAUGAUAAGGAAGAGAAAUGAAUUUGACGUUACCCGAAGUGUUAAGGCCAGGAUCCUAGGCUCUUCGAACUGCAUGAAAACCCCCAUCCUUAUGCCGUACUUAGAAGAAAGCGAAGUGCAACGACUCCCGCUGAAUAUCUCAGCUGUGAUAGCUGGACACAAAGUGUCUAGAAUACAUGUGGACGGAGGGUCAGGCGUCGAGGUAAUAUAUGAACAUUGCUUCCUCAGAUUCGACAGAGAUAUAAGAGAUAGGCUGGAGGAGGACUCUAUCCCAUUGGUGGGAUUCAACAACAGCGUGUCACACCCCCUGGGAAAGAUCAAGCUCCCGUUUAAAGUUGGUGUGGGGGAUAGGGUCCGGACGAUCAAUUUAACCUUCACAGUAGUCAGGGCACCCUCCAAGUACAACGCGAUUUUGGGAAGACCCGGGAUUGGAGAUCUGCAGGCGCAAGCAUCUACUCCCCACGGGGCUUUGGUAUUCCAAACACCAAAAGGCCUUGCAUGA